AUGUCGACCGGUGAUCAAUUGUACGAUCAAAUGGCAGGCGGUGAUCUCGGAAUGGUCGGAGAAGAAUUCGAAGAGUACUGCCGGAAGAAUGGUUUGUGCAAUCUUUGUGGAACCACCAAAACGCACAAGCGCGAGUUCAAGCUCGUGAAGAAGAAUCAAUGGAAAAGCCUCACUGUAGAAAGCAAGUCGGACGGUGGAUACGUCGUCUACAAGGGAUAUUGCGUACAACCGGGAUGCUUUACUUUGGAUCAGGCCCGUAGAUUGUUGGGAGAAAUUGGACCAGGAGGUCAAGAUGCAGACAGCAUUGCUGAGACUAUUUCCUUGGCUUCUAAUUCCACAAUCAAAAAGAUGGGUGUCAAGUCUCGUCUCCUAAAAAAGAAAAAGAAAGGUGGAAGUUCCUCCUCCAAAAAAAAGGGCAAUGACUUUGAUGGUUUGACUGGAUUCUCUUCCAAAUCAUCCAGAAGUAGCAAAUCAAGGUCGUCCACGCGAUCGACGGUCAGUGCCAGCGGUUCCGUUUCUUCUAGAAUAUCGAGAGAUGAUGAUGAUCGAUCGGUGGGAUCGGCCAUGACGAGUAACUCCAAGGUCCGCUUGUCCUUGCAGCAUUUGUUGAAGGAACAUUCCGGAACCUUGUUGGAUUUGAGUUCGACCAAAUUGCAUCAUGUUCACAUUACCGAGUUGGUCAAUUCUCUUGGUAUUGCCAGUACUCUCAACACACUCAUUCUAGAGAACUGCAAGUUGAACGACAAUGAAAUUGAAGUUCUGGGCAAUGGAUUGGCGCGGGACGAUACUGUGGCUCCGAUUGAACGAUUCUCGCUUCGGGCCAACCGAUUGGGGAACCGCGGAACUGUCUCGUUGGCGGCAUGGUUCAAAAAGUCUAAGCAUUUGACGGAACUGGAUUUGUCCAAGAAUCAAAUUGGUAGCCGUGGAGCUACUUCCACCUUGCACGCCUUUCGGGACAAUCCAAAUUGCAAAAUUAAAAUGUUGAACUUUGCCCACAAUGAGAUUUGGGACCCUGAUGAUGGAAGUUUUUUUGCUUCCAACUCGUCUCUCCAGCUUCUUAAUUUGGAGGGAAACUUUAUUCACGAUGAAGGGGUGGAAGCUAUCGCCAAGGGAAUGAUUCGGAAUGUUGAUCGUACCAACUUGAAGCAUCUCUUUUUGGGAUGGAACGGUAUUGGAGAUGAGGGUGCCAUUCAAUUGGCUCGGAUGUUUGCCAGCAAUAUGUCCCUUGAAACGUUGGGAUUGGGUGAGAAUGACAUUACCAGUGUUGGUGCCCGAGCCAUGCUUGCCUGUUUGGCAUCCAACUCGACUCUACGAGAAAUCACUGGAUUGUACCACAAUCAAAUCGACCGCAAGUUCAUCAUUGCUGCCAUUAAGAGAUUGUUGCAAUCGCAUAUUGAGAUUAUCACCGACGAAUCCAAGGAAGAUCAGCGCAUGCAAGCUGCGGUGGAAGCCUCCAUGUCGGCCAUGGACACGCUCGCUGAACCAAUUGGCGAAAAGAUGCCAGCACCUGAUGAAGUUUCCGAAUCGUCUUUGGAUUGGGCUGAGAAGCUAUACAGCGAAGGUGGCGGAACCGGCGGUAUCCCUCCCAUGUUGGAAAUUACCACCGGAGCUGACCCCAAACAGGUAAAACUGGAAGAUGAAAUCGUGGAACCCGUGGAAAAGAGUGCUCCCGUGCCAGAAAAGGUCGACAAAGCUGCUGACCCACAAGUUGGCGUUGCAUCAGAAAUGCAAGAGAUGCCCUUCGUGGAGAUGGCGCCUCCCAGAACCAAAUUUGACCGAAUCAUGGUCUUCCAAGCCGCUCCCUUGGCCUACUUUAACCGCAACUCGAGUCUUCAUCAUGCCGUUCCCCUUCAUGAGUUUGGUCAUGAGGUUAACAUUUUGAGGCACGUCGCCAAGGACGCUGCCAAGGUCGAUGCUGCGAUCGAUGUUGAAGCCCAGCCUGCCACUUUGGACAAUUUCAGAUUGUUCCUUUCAAAGGGAACUGCUGGAGUUCUUCAUUUCUCUUGUCACGGGCAUCCCGAUCAGUUGGCAUUCGAAAAUGGAGCUGGUUACAUCGAUGGCCUCCAACCGGAUGCACUCGGGAAGAUAAUGGCAUCUUCCAAGGUCCCAAUCAAGUUGGUGGUUGUCAACUCGUUCCACUCUGGUCGUAUCGGUAAGGCAUUUUUGGAUGCUGGUGUUCCACACGUUGUGUGCUGUCAUCACUCCGAAGUUUUCCGUGACAAGGCUGCUGGCGGAUUUAUCAAGAAUCUGUACCGUGCUUUGGCCAUGAAUAAGUCCUUGAAGCAGGCUUUUCACAUGGCCCAAGAGGCCAUUCGUGUGGAGGAAAUCACCAAGCACAUUGAACGCUACGUCCUCUUGCCUCGCAAGCCAGAAGACGAAUCCUACCACGAUGUACCAAUCUUUUACACACGAACGGUUCCCGAGAUUGGUAUUUCGGAUCCCGAAUAUGAAGAUGACUCCUACCGCCUUCCACCUUUGCCUCGCCAUUUCAUGGGACGCGAAGUUGACAUGUACGAGAUCUUGGAAGCCCUUCGCGCCGACGAUGUGGUACGACUGGGUGGUGGACGAGGGAGCGGUAAGACCGCUGUGGCAACCGCUGUCUGCCGAUACAUCGAUUUCCGCAAAAAGACAUUCAAAUACGACAAUAUCUUCUGGAUGCCUCCACCAGAGCACGUCAAGCCAGAAGAAGACACUUUGUUUGGUGAUCUCUGCGGUCUUUUUAAUAAGAUCCUCGACGCCGAUCAUAACGUUUGGGAAGAUGGAGACGUGAUUGAAUGUCGCGAACGAAUCAAUAUUGAAUUGGAAGGAAGCAAGAGUCUCUUCGCCAUUGAUACAAGAAUGUUCGAGACGGAUGCUGCCGCCCAGAAUCUCGAAGACUUUUUGGGUGAUUUGCUGAACUCUGGCAACGCAAUCAAGAUCAUUCUGAUCACUCCCAGUGACGAUUUGCCUCCUGAGGAAGACACCAUUUACCUCAAGAACUUGGAUUUCAAGGCAACAGCCCUGUUAUUCGGAGAAGUCUCCCGAUUCAUUACGCCCAAUGGUUGUCCUGCUGCACAAUCGUCAGAUGAAUUCGGUGCACUGAUGGUGCCUCCAUCAGUGGCCAAGCUGCAAGAUCAAACCAAGUUCUCUUCCAGUCGACGAACGGAGUUGAUGGGUCACAUGGGAGGCGGAAACCCAAAAUCGAUCAUCAAGGCAGCCAAGCAAAUGCCUGCAAGCACCUUUAUUCAAUUGAUUGGUAUGGCAAACACACCAGAAAUCCACGUGGAUUCCGCCAAAACUUUGCAAGUUGCCAUCAAGAGAUGGACAGGAGAGAAAGACAAGGCUGUUGCAGCCAAGAAUCAUUUGCGAGCGCUAGAUUUGGAUAAGGUAUUGAAUGAACUCCAUGCCAUGAAGUCUCAGUUCCGCACUCUGGAUGAUUUGAUUGCUGAAGAAGCCGAGAUGCAGAAGAAACUUGAAACAGCCAUGUCUUCACGGCAAUACAAGGAAGGAAACGCCAUCAAGCGUGAAAUUCUUGCUAUGAAGCGUCUCAUUAUGCAAGAGAAGCGUGCGGUUCCCGACGAGAACGAGCAAGCAGCUACAGAUCGACUUGCCGGCCUUCAAGAGCAAAUGCAAAAGAUUAUGCAAUUGGCUAACAACUCCUUUAGCAGUUUAGACCACCUUUCGGUUGACGAACGAGUUGCUGCUUCGUUCAACAUGGGAUCGAAGUACCAUAAUUGCGAAUUGACCAUCUCACCACAAUCCACUCUGGAGUAUGAUCCUGGUGAUGACAUGGGUGCCAUCAUCUGCUGGACCAAUGAAUGUUGUGAUGUCACACUUAGCGAGGGAAACAAAGCUCUGAUGGAAGCUGGUGGACCAAACUUGCAGCGUGAUAUCUCUUCGCUUCCUGGAAUCACAAGAACACCAUGGGGACUUGGAAAAUGUGGAACUGGAAAUGCUGUUAUUGUCGGUCCUGGAAACUACGAUGACCUUCUGUUCCAUUGCAUAAUCUUGGCCGUUGGUCCAACUUCCAGAGAUGUUGACUACAAGGUAGACGACGAAGACGCCUUGCAUUACAUCAAGAUUAUGUUGCGGUCAUGUAUCCGAUCGUGUCUCAUUUUGGCAAAGCAUUCUCAAGUUCACUCGAUUGCUUUCCCAACUUUGACUACCAAGAUGGACGGAGCCACUUAUGACACUACGCUGCUCAUGUUCUUUAAGAUUCUUGUGGAAGAAGCCAGACAUUCAGAUCUGAAUCGUCUUCAUAUCACGGCAAAUUCGGAAAACGAAGCUUCCAAGUUGAUUGCCAUGGGAAUAGAUAUGGGAUUGGAGUUGGCUGAAUCUGAGUCAUCAUAG